AUGAGCUCCGAAAACAAGCAGGUCGCGCUCGUGAUCGGGGGUUCGAGAGGAAUAGGCCGGCAGGUUGCCGUCGAUUUAGCUCGUCAUGGCUAUUAUAUUGUGGUAGCCGCGAAAACGACAUCAGACGCAUCGCGGAUCCCAGCAUCUGACUUCCCACCGGACCCAAACUCAUCGCAAUCGACCAUCAACACCGUCGCACGAGAGAUCACCGAAGCAGGUGGCUCGGCGCUGGCGCUGCCCGUGGACGUGCGCGACGUCGAAAAUGUCAAGGACCUGGUCGACGAAACAGUAAAGCGCCUCGGCCGUCUUGACGUGCUGAUCUACAACUCCGGCGCGAUAUGGUGGAGUGCCGUUGAGACGACGCCGGUGAAGCGGUUCCAGCUCAUGCAGCAAAUCAACCCUCAGGGAUUAUAUGCUGCUGUGUCUGCGGCACUGCCUCACUUUGGCAGUAACGGGUGGAAAGGCCGGAUUAUUGUAGUUAGUCCACCGAUCUACUCGAGGUUCUUUCGCGGGAAGACCGCCUACGCGAUGGGUAAAAUCGGCAUGAGUGUGCUGACCAAAGGCCUCGCGAUGGAUUUUCUUAGGCAGGGGCGGAAGGAUAUGGCCAUCACCAGUAUCUGGCCUGCUGCUUCCAUCGAAUCCGCCGCAACCCAGAACGCAGUGCAAACCGACCAGGAGCUUCGUAAGGACUUGCGCAAGCCGACGAUCUACUCAGACGCCAUCCUCGCCAUGCUUCAUUCUCCUGCUGAAGAGGUCAACGGCCUUCUCGAUCUCGAUGAGGACUUCCUACGCAAGAAGGGCGUCACAGAUUUCAGUAUGUAUAAUGUCGAACCAGGAGCUAGCCCACGAAGGAUAAUGCCGGCGGAAUUUCCGAACUUGGAGGUGGCGGAGCAAGACGACGAGGGGAGACGAGUCGAUAGCAUCAAGUUGAGAGAAGGCAGGCAGGGCGACAAGGCGAAGUUGUAG